GGACUGUCUACGACGCAUGAGCAAAGGUUUGGUGGACUUCGGCGCUUUUAGUGCUGAAGAUUUAGUGGCAGCACAAUGGGCCAAUGUGGACGUUCUCGUCACUAACCAGCUGAAGCUAAGACAGAGAAACUUCGCUCGCAACAUUGUCGCUGUAGUGAGUCGCAAGAUCUUGCCUGACAACCGAACAGCUGUCUCCGCCAUCUUAAUGAAUCGGACGCUUUGUCAUCCGGCAGCUGAUGUUGACGAUUUGAAACCGCUCAGUGACACAUUGGGACAGUACCUAGAAUCCCUGGUAACAGCAAAAUCGUGCGAUCCAAAAUUGUCACUUGCUGAGAAUAGACUCAAAACAACAGCUGAAUUCUUCGGAAAGGCUUGCAAGGCUGGUGUUUGGGUGCCUGAUAAAGUUAGGGACGCUGAACUGAAACGAACCUACCCAUCCCUAUGCCAAGCGUGUGCGACAGGCAGGUGUUCCAUCUCGGACCCAUACUGGGGCGACAGCGGCGCCCUGAACUGUUUAGCAGCUUCGGCUGGUGAUAUUGCAUGGGCGGAACUUGAUGACGUGCAGGCGUAUUUCCAGAGGGGCUUCGACCAGGAAGGCUUCGCAUACCUAUGUCGCGAUGGUUCUUGGCAGCCUUUGAAGAACAACAAGAACCCUUGCGUGUGGUUGGAACGACCGUGGAACGUUAUUGUCUCUAGACGGAAAUCAGCAACAGCUGUAGCUAACCUAACAUCCACACUAAUGAAUAGUUCAGUAACCGUUGACCGACACUGGCGAGGUGCUUUAGCGGCGUUAUUGGAUAUUCGUGAGGCUCUACCGGCUCCAUUGUCACCUCCCAUGCCACCAAUGGACUAUCUGGCUACGGCUGUCGGUUUCCGGGAGGCGUAUAGUCAACAUAGUUGCAAUCCCCCUAGACACAUAACUCUAUGUACAACAUCAUUAACAGAGAGUAUCAAAUGCCAAUGGCUCAGCGAGGCUGGCUCAGUCUAUGGCGUGUCGCCUCCAAUACAAUGUGCGAAAAGAGACAACACUCAUGACUGUAUGCUGUGUAUUACAGAAGGACAGUGCGAUGUCGUUAUUGCUGAUAGCGAGUGGCUGGUUGUUGGGAAACGGAACUAUUCCCUAACCUCACUUCUGCACGAAGCGACGCCAAUAAUCGAGAAAACUAAUACAGUUUUCGCAUACGCCAGAGCAGAUUGUCACUUUAAAAAGAUGGCGGAUUUACGCAGGAAAAGAGCGUCGUUCCCACACUUUGACGGCCAUGCGUUUCAUUCCGUUUUAAGCUAUUUAGCGAAAGCGUUUAACGAUACUUGCAAGAAUGUUGCUAACAAUUUCUUCAAAGAAAUAUGUGCUCCUGGUAUUGAAUUCUAUAACUUGCCCAAUGAAACUAAAAAUCAUUAUAUGAAAAACUGUUAUAAAGAGGGAGAUAAGUUGCUUGAUGGUGAGAUUCAAGCGCUGAGGGCUGUUGUAGAAGGAAAAACCGAUGUGGCUUUUAUAAGUAUGAAUACUUAUAAUUUGUAUAAAGACAAGCACAUUCCGGAACCCUGGGCCAAGAAUAUCAUAGAGCUUGUUCCUAUAUGCCCCGAAGAAAACAAAGAUUAUUGCUUUGUCAGCUGGUCUAACAUCGGCCACAUAUUUGCCUCGAAUAACAUAAGCUCGAUGAAACGCCAAGAAAUUAUUAAUGUCUUUACGCAACUGGAUCAGUUGUUUGGUAAACAUCAUGUCCAUAAACAAAUGUUCUCUAUGUACGGUCCUUUUAAUUUUAAACUAGAUGUUUUAUUCCAUAAUAUCACAAAAAGUAUUAAUACGGAUGAAAUGUUUAGAACGCGACCGUAUAGUCAAAUUCCUUUGAAUUUCGAAAGCAACCUUAACAGUAGUGACGUUUGUGUAUUUUCUGAUUUUUACCGAAGUUUUGGCGCGAAAAUAAUGCCUAGUACAUUGUUGUCAAUAAUUCUAGUCACGUCUUUAUUUUUAUUAAAGUAGGUAAAUUAGAAUGUGAUACUCAAUAAACAAGUUCAAAAAAUGUUCUAAUGAAAUUAUUCUAUUUUUUCGGAUCAAAAUCAUGGGUGGCAAUUGGGACUU